AUGUCUCCAAAUCAGGUGGUGAUAGUAACAAACCUGAUCAAGUUGCAGAAAGCAGUGUCGGAAUCAAAGAGCGGUACUGCUAUAGUAUUAAGAUCUCUGUUAGACCAGGGAUCUCAGGCUUCCUUUGUGACGGAGUCCGCAGUCCAGCUCUUGGGUCUCAAAAGAGUUCCAACUAAAGGUUCAAUUUCAGCAGAUCCUGCGUUCGAUACUCCGAACAAGAUUGAUUUGCUUUUAGGUGCUGAAGUUUAUGGCCAGAUUUUGUUAGAAGGUUUAAUCAGAGGUUCACCUGGUCAACUCAUCGCACAAAAUACAAGACUAGGAUGGAUCUUGUCUGGUCAAGUAGGUGAAAUCAAUCAAAGCGAGACAUGCCACAAUACAGUCGUCACAUUGCAUUCUACUCUCACAGAUGAGAAUACACUCCUCAAACAAUUCUGGGAACUAGAAGCUGAACCCAAAGGCGUUAACGACAAGGUCUACUUGACCCCAGAAGAACAAAGGUGUGAAGAGAUAUUUAAGGGCACGACCAAACGAGAUGAAUCUGGUCGCUAUAUUGUGCAUAUGCCCUUCAGGUCAAGCGAUCCUGCUUGUAAAUAUGGUGGAUCAAAAGACAUUGCUCUUAAACGCUUUUUAACUUUAGAAAAGCGAUUUCUGAGGAAUCCAGAGUUCAAGGCUCAGUAUUCAGCUGUUAUCAAUGAAUAUAUAGCUCUUAAUCAUAUGGAUAUAGCACAAGAUAGGGAUAAAGAAGGUUGUGUGUACCUACCUCAUCAUGCCGUCAUCCGUAAUGAAAAAAGUACAACAAAGGUGCGCAUCGUGUUUGAUGCAUCAUGUGUAGGUAGCAACGGGGUAUCUCUUAAUCACGAUUUAAUGGUGGGUCCUCCUCUACAACCUGAACUUCGUCAUAUUAUCAUGCGGUGGCGUUGUGAACCUAUCUGUCUGGUCGCGGACAUCGUCAAGAUGUAUCGACAGAUUAGGGUGUACAAUGAUCACACAGAUUUUCAGCGCAUAUUGUGGCGUGAGAAUCCAGAUGACGAAAUUCAGGUGUUACGUCAUUUGCGAGUAACGUUCGGAACAUCAUCGGCGCCUUACCUGGCGGUAAGAUCAUUGCAGCAGUUAGCUCAGGACGAAGGCGCUGAAUUUCCUUUAGCAAAGAACCGCGUUCUUUCAGACUUCUACAUAGAUGACCUUAUGACGGGCUGUCAAACCAUAGAAGAAGGUGUAGAGAUAUACAAGCAGAUAUCGGAGCUACUUAAACGUGGAGGGUUUCAGCUCCAAAAGUGGGCUAGUAAUAACAAAGAAUUAUAUAGAUUAAUUGAAGACGGUCAACAAAUACCACAAACACAAGGGAACAUGGAACUAAAAACGGAUGCAAUUUCAAAAAUAUUAGGUUUAACGUGGGACAAAGACAAUGACGAGUUCGUUUAUACUAUUCAGCUUAAUGAGCUAGAUUUGCCAGUUACGAAGCGUAAGGUUAUUUCGGACAUAGCGCGACUAUUCGAUCCCCUCGGAUGGUUAGCACCGAUAAUCAUCACUGCGAAGGUGUUCAUUCAACGAAUAUGGAUGACCGGGAUCGAAUGGGACGCAGAACUACCUGCACCAUUGCUAAAAGAGUGGCUUGACUUUCGGAAGAACCUUUACACAUCCAAUGUAGCAUACGCCGCGGUGGUAUACGUUCGCAUCAUUGAUAGAGAAGGACAAAUUCAUACAACCUUGGUGACUUCAAAAACCAGGGUUGCUCCUGUUAAGCAGAGGCUCACGAGAGAACUUUGCAUGGCGGGCCGCAAUUGA